UCCGCGGGGGUGGGGAGGAGGGCAAGAUGGCGGUCGGUGAGUGAUUCUGCCUGGGUUCCUUCAGGCUUGAGGAGACGCCGGGGCGGGGGUCCCGCUCGUCCUGCCUGCUGGCCGUCUCUCCCCCGCCCCCGGAGGCCUCCUCCUUUCCUUCCUCCAACUUGGAGGCGGGCCAGCAUCCCCGGACACCAUGUCAGACUCUGAGGAGGAGAGCCAGGACCGGCAACUGAAAAUCGUCGUGCUGGGGGACGGCACCUCCGGGAAGACCUCCUUAGCUACGUGUUUUGCUCAAGAGACUUUUGGGAAACAGUACAAGCAGACUGUAGGACUGGAUUUCUUUUUGAGAAGGAUUACCUUACCAGGAAAUUUGAAUGUUACUCUUCAAGUUUGGGAUAUAGGAGGGCAGACAAUAGGUGGCAAGAUGUUGGAUAAAUACAUCUAUGGAGCACAGGGAAUCCUCUUGGUCUAUGAUAUUACAAAUUAUCAAAGUUUUGAGAAUUUAGAAGAUUGGUAUUCUGUGGUGAAGACUGUGAGCGAAGAAUCGGAAACUCAGCCCCUGGUUGCUUUGGUGGGCAAUAAAAUUGACUUGGAGCAUAUGCGAACAGUAAAACCUGAUAAACACUUACGAUUUUGCCAGGAAAAUGGUUUUAGUAGCCACUUCGUUUCAGCCAAGACAGGAGACUCUGUCUUCCUGUGUUUUCAGAAAGUUGCUGCAGAAAUCCUGGGAAUCAAAUUAAACAAAGCAGAAAUAGAACAGUCACAGUCAUUAAACAUGUUUUUCAUUUGUCUUUCUCUCUUUUUCUUUCUCCUUCAUUUUGUUUAUGUUGUACGGAAUUGCCAGCGUAUUGUAAGGGCAGAAAUAGUCAAGUACCCGGAAGAAGAUAAUCAACACCCCAGCUCUUCUCAGAGUAGAGUCUGUUCAGUACAAUAGUGCAGAGGGUGGUGAAGGCAGAUAUUGUAAACUACAACCAGGAACCCAUGUCAAGAACUGUUAACCCACCUCGGAGUUCCAUGUGUGCAGUUCAGUGAACACACACUGUAUUGAUAGUUUUGGUUUUCUUCCCCAGGAUUGGGCCCAGACUGUAAAGGAACAUGUUUUAUCAAUGACCAUUUCUGUAGUCAGUUCAUACUUUCCUCCUGCUCUGCUCCUUCAUCCUUAAGUUGCCUCAUAGUAGCAGACAGCUCCCUGGACUGGAAGGAAUUCGGCUUCGGGACCUCACAUUUUGAAAUCUGAAUGGAAAGAGUCCAUUCUCUGGACUGAGACUGCCUCCUCGCUCCAGAAGAACCAUGUGGCUUCUUUAUGUCCUCACUUCUUUUUUCCUAAAUACAAAAGAAUAUAACCAGAUGUGAAGAUGUUCCAAGCUUUGAUCAUCAUUCUAUAUCUGAACUCAUGUAUGUGAAAGUGUAUACUUCAGAGUACUGAUGGUGACAGUUACUCAAGAAGGUGUUCCUUUGCUGGCUAUUAAGAGAAAAUAUACAAAGCUUCAUUUAAUUGAAAGUGCUUCAAAUGAGGCUGUAAUAGAAAUAUAUUUUCAUUUUUAAAAGGCGUUUAACUUGUUUAUAUUGCAGUUUAUAACUCACAAGUAGUAUUUGAUAUUGUAUUUUAUUACUGUAUCAUGGUCAUUGCAUAUUUUAUCAUAUUUGGCUUAGAUCCUUUAUGAAUUUUGAUAAAUGGUUCAGCUGAUCCUCCACAUGGAUUUCCUACAGACUGCAUGAGAAUGCUUUCAGAUGAGUCGAGGCAUCCUUGGAUCAUUGUGGAUCGAUCAUACUGUACCUGAUGUUCAGAUGUUUUUCUCUCAUAAAUAAAUUUAUUUAAAUUA